GCCAAUAAACACAGAAGAAGAAGAAAACGAAGUGCGGAAGUGGUGGUUGUUUUGGGCACUGUGCCAUCCACGCACAGUACACAGUAGUACAUGGAAAAGACAUGGAAAAUGAGCGGUCUCCUCUGUUUUUGUAAUGUUGGCCGUGACAUGAAGUCUUUUUCAGGGAGUGUGUGAUGUUAACGGAGCCUGAAGAGAGGAGACGUCAGUGACGCAGUCCUGCUAACUUUCAGCUAGCUUUAACUGCAGAGGAAGCAGCCAUGGCGGAGGCCGGAGCCCACCUGACCUCUACAGCUGUGAACGAGCAGCCGUCAGUGUUUGAGGUCCUGGCACAGGAGUCUCUGAUGGAGGCGGUCAAACCUGCACUGAGACACGCCGUGAAGGUUCUGGCAGAGUCCAACCCGUCCCGCUUUGGCUUUCUGUGGCGACGCUUCGAUGAGCUCUACCUGCUGCUGGACCUCCUUCUCCAGAACCACUUCCUGUCUCACUGUAGCGCCUCCUUCUCUGAGAACUUCUACGGCCUGAAGAGAGUGUCAGGCGGUCGAGGACUUCCUCUUCACCUGGGGUUGCACAGGAAGUCACACUGGCGCUCUCUUCUUCUUCUGUGCGUGAUGCCGUACCUGCGGGCCAAGCUGGAGGCCACGCUGGCCCGGCAGAGGGACGAGGAGGACUUCUCCAUCCGGCUGGCGCAGACCAGGAGCCAGAGGCUGUACCGGGCGGCCGUGGCGGCGUACCCAUACGUCAGCUCAGCCUGGCAGGCCUGGGUCUUCUGCCAGCAGCUGCUCUUCGUCUUCGGAGUCGCCAAGACCCACAGUCCUCUGCUGUGGCUGGCCAGGGUCAGACUGGCACGACUUAAUGCUCAAGAUAUCAGAGACAUGGAGCUGAAAAGCAGCAGAACUGGCAGCCCAGCUGGUGGGAGCCUGGUGCAGAGAGCGUGGUGGCUGAUGUCACAAGCAGCGAGGGGUGCAGCCGUCUCCCUCUCCACCUCCCUCUCUCUGGGUGUCUUCUUCCUGCAGUUCCUGGAGUGGUGGUACUCCUCUGAAAACCAGAGCACCGUGAAGACCUUGACCUCCCUGCCCGCACCCCCACCCCCCCUCCACCUGCAACAGGAGGAGAGCUGCUGGGAUUCUCCGUCCAUCUCCUCCGAUCACAGCAAAGACGCUCAGCUCGGCCCGGCCCGGCCCGACCCAGACAGCAGCAACUGUCCGCUGUGCCAGAGGCUUCGUACAAACGCCACGGUGCUGUCCACCUCCGGCUUCGUCUUCUGUUACCGCUGCAUCUACACGUAUGUGAAAGCCAACCGCCGCUGCCCAGUCACCGGCUACCCCACCGAACUGCAACACCUCAUCAAGAUCUACUCGCCAGAGAGCUAGACCACAUGUUCAACUGUGACCACAUAUACAGGUUCAGCUCCAGCAUGUUUGGAGGAUCUUUUUCAGAAACCAGUGGCCUUGUUUUUAAAAAGUGAAACUCUCAGCUGGUUCAGGAGCUGCAGCUUUUUCUAAUAUUGAAAUAUUUCUGUUGGAAAAGCAUAGUGUGAUUUUUUUUUUUUUUAGCCAUUCUAGCAGCGUGGCUCUAGAGAUGGAAAUGUCGGUCUGUUGGUCCGUCAGUUCUCCACUUUGCUUCAGACUGAAAUAUCUCACCAACUACUAGUUGAAGUAGAAGGUUUGUACAGACAUUCAUGUCCCCUGAUGCUGCCUCUGGUGCCUCCAGCAGCUCACGAUUUUAGUUUGUCCAACACUUUGGUUUAUGUCCAAAUACCUGCAAAACUAAUGACAUUCCCAUCAGCCUCAACUGUACUUUUAUU